AAAAAAAAACCUUCCUUCCCCAACUCAAAUUUUGCAGACGCAAUCCCUCAUUUGCAAACCCAUCUUUGAUACCCCAACUUCAUUUGCAGACCCACCAGCCACCACCUUGCGGCGUCGCAAGCCACGGCGUGCUGCACCCCGCACACCCAACUUCUCCCCUCUCUCCGACAGAAAGCCCUCUCUUCCAACGGCGCCUGCAAGAUGGCGACGGCGCCGGCAUAAUGGACUCCGUCACGGGCUUCGUCAAGAGACCCACUGAUUAAUGGAGGAAGAGCAUGUGAUUUAUGUGGGUUGGUUUGAUUUUCCGUUGAUUGUGGUUCUGGGUUUCCACUUCUUCAUCAUCUUGUUGCUUGUUCAUCGAAGAGACUAAAUUCGCUGAAGAUCUCGGAUUUCAUGCGUUUAUGAAUGCUCAGACUUCUUCAAAAACAGUUCGGCAAUGGUCCUAUUUUUUAAGUAGAUGGAUACGCAGCUUGGUCUCUAGACGUUCCAAAGAUCUAGUUGGCUCACCUUCAAAGAAUUCUCAUUUUAAUUGGUUGAAGGUUGGGUAGUCAACUUAUACUAAUCAUGGUCAUAGGUGAUACAAUAGAAAUUAGUUCAUCUGAUAGUGAAUUCGAAAUAGAAGAUGGUAGAGAUACAACACAUUCUGAGAAUUUGAGAAAGCUUCCCAAUUCACUAGCUGGAUCAAGCUCUAGCUCAAGUUUUAGAGGUUAUGCUGGGCAGUCUAGAAAUGUUUCUUCUCCUAAUCUUGGAAUAUACGCUUCUAAUGGGAGUUCUAUUAAUGGUCAUACGCUGUCCAAAGCUCGAACUCAACUUCAUUUCAGUGAUGAUGUAGGACCCUCAAAUCAAGACUUUGCACGGCCGCGUGAUGGAAAGUAUCAAGCAAAUGGAAACACCAAUCCUUCUCGGACCACUAAUUCACGAAUAUCGAAUAAUCACUACCAUGAUUAUGAGAAAAUUUCAUCACAACAGGCUCUAAAGAGGACCCUUCCACCAUCUCUUCUGCCAUCUACAUCAAAUGCCGAGUUAAGUCGCAACAGAAAUCAGAUUCUGGAUGGGUUGAGUUCAGACAUCAGCAAGAGCUAUCCAAGAAGCUAUUCCAGCUUGGGCAAUGAUAAUGAAGCUCGUAUUUAUGGAAACAGUGGGAAUAGGAUCUUGCCUCCCUCUUUGACGCAUGUAAAAUCUACUGGUGCUGUACAGUUUGGUACUGCAAGUGAUUCUGCACACCGUUCUGGGAUUGGUGAAGAAAAGGUGGCUGAAGCUGAUGAGAGGCUGAUAUACCAAGCAGCAUUAGAGGAUCUUAAUCAACCAAAAGGUGAAGCCAUUUUACCUGAGGGUCUUUUGUCUGUACCUCUCCUUAGACAUCAGAGAAUUGCAUUGGCCUGGAUGCUUCAGAAAGAAACUAGAAGUUUGCAUUGUUUGGGUGGAAUUUUAGCUGAUGACCAGGGCCUUGGCAAGACAGUCUCAAUGAUUGCGCUCAUACAAAUGCAGAGGCAUUUGGAGUCAAAAUCUAAGUCAGAGGAUUUAGGCAAUCAUAAGACUGUAGCUUUGAAUAUAGAUGACGACGAUGAUGAUAAUGGUAAUGCUGGUUCUGCUAAAGUUGAAAAGACUGAAGAAUCUGAUGAUAUUAAGCCAAUUCCAGAAGUUAGUACCUCUGCGAGAGUAUUCAGUAAGCGGAGGCCGGAUGCGGGUACGUUGGUGGUGUGUCCAGCCAGUGUCCUCCGCCAAUGGGCCAGAGAGCUGGAUGAAAAGGUUGCAGAGGGAGCAGAGUUGUCUGUCCUAGUUUAUCAUGGAGGUAGCAGGACAAAGGAUCCUUCUGAAUUGGCCAAGUAUGAUGUGGUUGUCACAACAUAUGCUAUUGUAACCAAUGAAGUGCCAAAACAACCUUUAGUUGACGAAGAUGAAGAUGAAAAAAAUGGCGAAAAGUAUGGAUUAUCUUCUGAAUUCUCCUUCAAUAAGAGGAAGAAGAAGACUUCCACAGUUAGUAAGAGGGGAAAGAAAGGUAGAAAGGGAACAGAUAGUUCUGUUGUUGAUUAUGACUGUGGUACCCUUGCAAGAGUUGGUUGGCUUAGAGUGAUAUUAGAUGAAGCUCAGACAAUUAAGAAUCACAGAACACAAGUGGCUAGAGCUUGUUGUAGCCUUCGAGCCAAAAGGAGGUGGUGCUUAUCUGGUACACCCAUACAAAAUACCAUUGAUGAUUUAUACAGCUACUUUAGAUUUCUGAAAUACGACCCAUAUGCUAUGUAUAAAUCAUUUUACAACACAAUUAAGGUUCCAAUAUCUAGAAAUGCAGUCCAAGGUUACAAGAAGCUCCAAGCAGUUCUAAGGGCUAUAAUGCUGCGUCGAACAAAAGGAACAUUGAUUAAUGGGGAGCCCAUAAUUAAGUUACCACCAAAAACAGUACGACUGAAUAAGGUGGACUUCUCAUCAGAGGAGCGAGCUUUCUAUACUCAGCUCGAAUCUGAUUCACGAUCUCGAUUCAAGGCAUAUGCUGCUGCAGGCACAGUGAAUCAGAAUUAUGCAAACAUUCUUUUGAUGCUUUUGCGUCUUCGGCAGGCUUGUGACCACCCAUUUCUUGUGAAGGAAUAUGAUUCUGAUUGUGUUGGUAAAGAUUCUGUUGAAAUGGCUAGAAGACUUCCUCAAGACAUGCUUAUCAAUCUAUUGAGCCUUUUGGAAGGUUCCUCUGGUAUCUGUCGUAAGUGCGAAGAUCCACCUGAGGACCCUGUUGUUACGAUGUGCGGCCAUGUUUUCUGCUAUCAGUGUGUAUCGGAGUAUUUGACGGGGGAUGACAAUAUGUGCCCUGCUACUGAGUGCAAGGAACAAAUCGGCUCUGACGUGAUUUUUUCUAAGGCUACUCUGAGAAAUUGUAUCUCUGAUGAUCUUGAUGGUAGUCCAGAGAAUUCGCAGUUUGUUGAUAAAGCACUUGUAAUGCAAGUAAUGCAGACAGACUACAGUUCAUCUAAAGUCAAAGCUGUGCUUGAGAUUUUGCAAUCGCAUUGCAAGUCAAACAGCCCCGAUUUAGACUCAUGUGGCUAUAUUGGACGCAACGGAAAUUCUUCAGAAAAAGAAGCUGCCGAUAGUUCCCACUCAGGGGUUACUGUUGUAAAGCAUACAACAACAUUCUCAAACUUGCCAAAUGAAGGACCAAUAAAAACAAUUGUUUUUUCUCAGUGGACUAGCAUGUUGGACUUAGUUGAGAUGUCACUGAAUCAAGCAUGCAUGCACUACAGAAGACUUGAUGGCACUAUGAGUCUGGCUGCAAGAGACAAGGCUGUCAAAGAUUUUAACAAUGACCCAGAGGUUACUGUUAUGAUAAUGUCGCUGAAGGCAGGAAAUCUUGGCCUAAACAUGGUUGCUGCAUGUCAUGUCAUUCUUUUGGAUCUUUGGUGGAAUCCGACAACCGAAGAUCAGGCUGUUGAUCGGGCACAUAGAAUUGGACAGACUCGUCCUGUUACUGUAACGCGGCUCACUAUUAAAGAUACAGUUGAAGACAGGAUAUUAGCUCUCCAGGAAGAAAAAAGAAAAAUGGUUGCCUCUGCUUUCGGUGAAGAUCAUGGUGGGGGGUCUGUAACUCGCUUGACAGUAGAAGAUCUCAGAUAUCUAUUUAUGGUUUAAAGAUGGUCUCCAGUUUGCUGCUUUUCCGUAUUGCCGUUGGUACUUUUGCAUACUGAAAUUUUUGUCUAGAACCAUACAUUUUCGGAGCAUCCAAAUAUGAUGUUAAGGAGACGUGAUAUAUGUGUUCUCGCCGGUGGACAGAUUGAUUUAGGAACAUUUACAUGGUAGCUCGCUCAACUUUUGUUUAGAUUUUGACGCCCAAGAAGGCAAUUUUGUCCCCAUUGAAGUGCUGUUAGACAGCAUGCAAAGGGCACCUGUAUAUAUUAUGAGCAAAUAUGACUAUGUUAUACUAAAACGUUCACAAUGUGUAAUUUACCUUCUUUUGUUAAUGCCAUAGUUCUUUAACCUUAUCUUGUGCAAUGAUUGGU